AAGAUGGCGACUCUCGAGAACAACAUUAUGAUUUGAGGACAAUACAACAUUUAAGUACAACAUUUAAGUACAUUACAACAUUUAAGUACAGUACAUUUAAGUACAUUUGUGUCCAAUACAUUUAAGUACAACAUUUGAGUACAACAUUUAAGUCGAGUACAACAUUCUUGUAUUGCAGUGUCUUUAUUUACUAAAUACUCACAAGACUCGUGUAGGUGCGCAAGUGCAGCGUUUGCAACACAUCGUGACUGUGUUUUAGUGAAAUUGUAAAGACAUACCUCAAAGUCGGAUGGCUGCGGUGAACACGCGUCUCUCAGAGAGAAGCCGAGGAGCCAAAAUCACAGCUGCCUUUUUUGACAGCUACUGCAGGAGGACGCAUAAUCCACUGAUGUCUCCGGUUUUGGUGUCCCGUCUCCGCUCCGAUGGCUCAAGCUCAUUUCAGUUUGAAUGCAGCAGAGUUCAGCUGUUCGAUAUGUUUAGAAGUGCUGAAGGACCCGGUCAGCAUCCCGUGCGGUCAUAGCUUCUGCCAGAGCUGCCUGACAAGCUACUGGGACAGUCAAAUGGUCUGCAGCUGUCCACACUGCAGAGUCACCUUCAGUCCCAGGCCGACCCUGGGCAGGAACACCUUGCUGACACAGAUGAUCCAAAGGCUGGCAGCUGCACAGCUAAGUGAGGGUCCCUCUGCUCCUCCCUUCUACCAGGACCCGCCGUUCUCCAUGACCCAAGGCUUUGAGCAUCCCACCUUUGACGUGUCCUCAGUCCACGCAGGGAGGACCUCUGGGGAGAAACAUUUUGAAGAAAUGCGUAGAAAUAUUGGCGAGCAAAUUAUGGAGAAAGAAGGUGAAGUUCAGCAGCUGAAACAAAACUUGAAGUCUUUCUCUCACCGCGCCAAGGAAGCAGUCAAGGAUGCCAGCAGGAUCUUUGCGGAGCUGCAAACGUUUCUGGAGCGUCGUCGCGUGGAAGUGAAGGCGCUCAUCAGGGCUCAGGAGAAGGCGGAGUCGACUCGCUGUGAGAACUUGCUGCAUCACCUGGAAGGACAAAUCUGCCAGCUGAAAGAGCGAGACGCCGCGCUGCAAGGAGCGCAGGAUCAGCAUCUGACUAAUACGUUUUGCAGUCCAGCGGCAGAAGAACCUUCUCUGACACUCAAUCCACACGCGUCUUUUGGCAGCGUGAGGAGAGCCAUCUCCGACAUGAAGGACCACCUGCAGACUUCUUACCAGGCACACUUUACCAACAUCAGCACUGCAGUAAAAAAUGUCAACAUGCUGCAGUCGCAGAAGUCAAACAGAGGACGUGGGACAGUGAAGAAGUCCUACAGCGACAGAAGUGAUCUGCUUCCAUAUUUCCAUCCUCUUUCCUGGGACCCUUUUACGGCGCACCAGGAGCUGUCGCUGAGCGCAGGCAACCGUGCGGUGGGUCGGACAGGAGAGGUGCGGUCCUACCCGGUCCAUCCCGAGCGCUUUGACAGCUGGGCUCAGGCCAUGUGCCGAGAAGGUCUGCAAGGACGCUGUUACUGGGAAGCUGACUGGGGUGGCCAGCAGGUGGCACUGGGACUCGCCUAUGAAAACAUGAAAAGAAAGGGGACAUCCAAUGACAGCAGGCUUGGACACAACAGUCUAUCGUGGAGUCUUCUCUGCGGUCCUUCCACUUUCACCUUCACCCACGGCGACGAUAUGGUCAGCAUUCCCGCCGCCACAAUAUCGCGCAAAAUCGGAGUCUUCCUGGACCACGACGCAGGAGUGCUGUGUUUCUACUCGGUGACACCUGCAGGAAUCCAGCUACUGCACCAAAUAGAGAGCGACUUUGACCAGCCUCUGUACCCGACAGUGUGGCUCGGCCCCGGGGCCUCCGUUAACCUCACCUGUGUUGACUGACAUGGACGUAGAAGCUGAUCUCCCUCUAGUCUACAACAUAGCAUGUUAUGUGUGUAUACACGUCAUACUAGCCAACACUCACAGAUUUUCUGAGAGAUUCCCGAAAUUCAGCGCCCCUCUCGAAAACCUCCCGGGACAAAUUUUCUCCCGAAAUUCAGGCGGAGCUGGAGGCCACGCCCCCUCCAGCUCCAUGCAGACUUGAGUGACAUGUAUAAACAGCGUGUCUGCCCAAUGACGUUCUAACUGUAGAAUGAUGUAGGGCGAGUUCUUGCUUUCUUAUGUGGGUUUAUUGUUAGGCAGUUUCAUUAACGUCCUCCCAGCGCGGUAACAACACACAACAACAGCAGUCACGUUUUCCUCUACCAUAAAGCAGUUAGUCUGCAUAAACAGCAAUGUUGUGACACUCUUAAACAGGACAGUACUGCCAUCUACUGUACAUGCAUAUGGUUAGAAAAACAAGGAUGGACAAUUCACCCCUUAACAAUGAGUAGAUGAGUGUUGUGUGUAAAUGUGUAAAUAAAUGAACAUUAAAAUUCAA